GAAUCUUACAGCGGGAAUCAUGGCUUUUAUAAAGUAAAGCCAUUUCAAGUCAAUUAUAAUACAAGUCAAUUAUUUUCCUGUCGAACAGCCAAAAACUUGCACAUCUUUUCUCCCUUUCAAAAAGGAAAAAACCUAGAAACCUUAACUUAGAAGUAGAACAGAUUUUGGGCUUUCACGAGCUAGAAUAAAAGAGGCAUAGCGAUAAUCGUUUUUGAAGCAACAAACUCUGAAGAUGAUCAAGUUAGAGGCUGGAACAAAACGCCUAGUACCUAUCUGGGGUCACUCUGAAAUCUCCAACCUAGAAUUUGACUGGGAUCAUAAUGGGAGCACUGAAAUCUCCCACAUCUAUAUUUCUCACGAUAAUCAUAUCCGUUUUAUUCAAUUUCAGUAUGUUGAAGAGAAUGGAGUCCUGUCCAAGCUUUCUCCGAUGCCCGUUAAGAAUCCUUAUGGUUGGAGAUUCAAUGUUCAGGUUAAGCUUGAUUAUCCGCGUGAGUUUCUCAAGGGGAUUAGUGGCGAUUGGAGUCAUGGAAAUGUGAACUCAUUGACAUUUACUACGAACCGUGGGACCUAUGGUCCUUUCGGUUGCAAGGCAGAAAAUGGUACUGAAUUCGAUUUUCAAACAGGAGAUGAGCCUCUAUUUGCUGGAUUGCAUGGAUCCUUUGAUGACGCCGGUCUUAGAACAAUAGGAAUCUAUGUGAAUCCAGAACAAGCCAGUUUCUGAAAGUUAUCAUCGAUCUGGAUUAGCUGAUAACUGUCAAUCUUAUUGAUUCGUAUCUCUCUUUUCUCA